AAACUUGGCCGGGCGCUUCGCCCUCGUUCCCCGGGCAUGGCUGGCGCGGGCUGGCGGGGCGGGCGCUUCCUCCUGGUGCGGGCGGCGGCGGGCGGCGGCGGGGCGAGGAGCCGGGCCUCUUGCCGGGAACCGGGGCCCGACCCGCCCUGCCCGGAUCCCAAGCCCCGGAAAAGCCGCGGAGCCCCCAAGAUCUACACCAAGACGGGAGACACAGGGUUUUCCAGCACCUUCACCGGGGAGAGGAGAGCCAAAGACGACCAGGUCUUUGACGCUUUGGGAACCCUGGACGAGCUGAGUUCGGCUAUAGGCUUGAGUGCUGAAUUUGGCAGUGAAAGUGGCCACACGUUUGUGGAAGAACUCCACAAGGUCCAGUGUAUGCUGCAAGAUGCCGGCUCUAAUGUGGCAACGCCCAUCUCUUCAGCCAGGGAGUCUCACAUAAAGCGAACAUCCUUCAGUGAGAAGCCUGUGCUGGAAUUGGAAAGCUGGAUAGACAAAUACUCAGAUCAGCUCCCACCACUCACCUCCUUCAUUUUGCCAUCUGGUGGAAAAAGCAGUGCUGCGCUCCAUCUCUCCAGAGCCGUGUGUCGCAGAGCUGAGAGGCGGUAAGGGACGGGGUCUGUUGUUCCUUUGGUGAAAACAGGAGAAGCAGAUGCAAAUGUGGCCAAGUAUUUAAACAGGCUGAGUGACUACCUGUUUGUCUUGGCCCGGUUUGCUGCGAAGCAGGAAGGGAAGAAGGAGCAAAUCUACAGAAGGAUGGAGCCCCAAGACUAAACUCAUGAAUACAUGAUGUGCAAUGAACAACUUUUGAGCUGAUAGAAGGCAAAGCGAAGUGUAAAAUGUUGGCAAUUUGAAACGCUCAGAUCCCUACCUGAAAAGCCAAUAGAAGCCCACGGAAAUUCAGAUUCCUGGCAGCUUUGUUGGGAGUCCGGCUUGUGUGUGUGAAUUCAGAGCAACUGAUGAUGAUGCCUGAAGAUGCCUUUGUUGCAUCUUGGAACACUGAAGGGAAUUCAGGUUUAGUUCAGUCCCAUUGGCUCCAGUUAAGCAUGAUGCUGCCUGCCAAGUUCCUUCGAUCAAAAUUAAAAUGGAUCUGGAUUUCUUCCCUCGGCCACAUCCAUCUAUACGUCUUGUCAACAAUCUUGGAAAGCAGCUUUUGAGAGACGGGCACUUCUGGCAAAUGUUCCAGAAUCAAGCCUUGCCACUAAGCUCUUUCACCAGCUUCUCUGUUCUCCCAGUUAUGCAUUUUUAAAAAAGAAACGCCACCGCAGCAUUCAACCAGUUUUUCAACUUUAUUUCCUGUAUUCCUGAAUUUCCAGUGUGAAGAACGGGCCGUAACUAAAAAAAUACUAAGUGAUCCAAGAGCAAAAUAAUUUAUUGAUUUCCUCGGCAAAAGUCUCUCCUGGGAAAAGACGCAUGCAGGGUGCAGGGCAUGGGGAGAGAAGAGAACCGAUGGCUUCCAAGGAAGGGCCUCCAGGUGACCUGAGCAACGGCACAAUGUGCGAGGGAGGGGCCUGUGCAUUUUAAAGCCCCAGUUUGCGCAUUGAAGGUUGUGGGAAGCCACGGGCAGCUGCUGCCAGGCUCCUUGGGACUGGCCACUCCUGGAUUCCAGUGGGUGGGAGGGCACCAGAAGUGGGGGGAGGCUGCACCCCUCCUCCAAGAGGGCAAUUUGAAACCUCUCUCUGGAAGGCCCACAGUGGCAGCCACAGGUCCACACUGCAUAAUCCCCAACGGAAAAUCAGGAAGGAAACGGGGUGAACCAGCAUCCAGAACAGCUCCACACUUAUGAUCCUGUCUGGGUCCAGCCCUUUAUUGAGAAGGGGGGGGGGUGUAUUUCAAGGCAGUAGCUAUGUUCUAAAAUUAAAAAGAACUGGAUUUAAAUAAAAGCAACAUUCUCAAAA